AUGUCUUCAUCAUCCUUCAUAACAUUGGGCUUCGCGGUCACAGCCGUCUUCAUCUUCUGGACAUUAUCCGCAACGUCUUCCUCACCAUUUGCUCGUAAUUUCCCUCGCCUGUACAACAAGCGAAUAUGUCUUUUAAUAGCCCACCCCGACGAUGAGGCCAUGUUCUUCGCACCGACUGUGCUAGCCUUAACCAAACCAGAACUGGGAAACCAUCUCAAGAUCCUAUGUCUCAGUAGUGGAGACGCGGAUGGACUAGGCCACAUCCGCAAAAAGGAGCUCCAAAAAAGCGCCGUGCAUCUGGGCCUCCGCAACGAGUCCGAUGUCCUCAUCGUAGACGACCCAACCCGCUUCCCCGACAGCAUGAGCGCCACCUGGACAGAAAGCGAUGUCUCAUCUUUACUUACCUCAGCCUUCGCUCCCGAAAUGGGCGAAGCUCAGUCCGGUUCCCGGAAACGAGGAGCAACGAGGGAUAAACCACCCGUCGCAACCAUCGACGUGCUCCUCACCUUCGACAGACGGGGUAUAAGCAACCAUCCCAACCACCGUUCUCUCUACCAUGGCGCUGUCCACUUCCUUCGCACCUUGAUGAAGGAUAAACCCGGGUAUACCUGCCCGAUCUCGCUGUACACGCUCACCACGACGAACAUCUUGCGCAAAUAUAUCGGUGUGCUUGAUGCGCCGUUGAGCAUGGCGCGUGGGGCUGUCGAUGCUCUGUCCUCGAGUUUGAGGGGCUCGUCUCGUACCUCGAAGGAGGAUACGCCUGCGAGGCUUCUGUUUGUUAGCUCUGUUGGUGAAUGGAUGACGGCGCAGUCGGCUAUGGUUAAGGCUCAUCAGAGCCAGAUGGUUUGGUUUCGAUAUGGGUGGAUUACUUUCGGUCGUUAUAUGGCGGUGAAUGACCUCAAGCGUGAGAAGGUUUAA